AUGGAUAAAGCUAUCCGGAUAGUCAUACUCCUCAAGAGCUAUAUGCAGCGAAACAAUGCUUUCUUUCGGUUGACAAAAUACUUUUUAUACUACUUAUUUACUUUAUUUUCAGCUAAUGCAUUUGAAUCUGCACGUGCUCUCGAGAUCCUGGCCAUCCUGGCAACCACGGCGGCAAUAGUUGUCGUCUGCUUGAAGAUAUUUUUCAAGAAGGAGAAUAACCGUCUGUUGUACAUAGCCACACCCAUUCCUUUAUUUGCAAGCUUGUUCGUGAUAACCGGUGUCAUUAUGUUUGUUGUCGACAACGAGGCAAAGAAAUUUGCGGAAUCGACGAGACCCUUGCUCCAUUUCAAACCUCAUGCAUCGUUUGGUUUGAGUAUUGUUGCUGGUAUACUCAAUAUUGUGGCUUCACCGAUGCUGAUCUUGGCUGCCAGAGCUAUUCCAGGCCUUAGAUAAAAUCAACGAAUAUUGAUCCGUGUGAAUCUUGCCUUACAUUACUGCAUACUUCAAUUUUGAUAUCUUAAUUGUUUAAUUUAACUGUAUUUCGUUAAAAGGAAGAUCGGAACAGAGUGUAUGUGUCCAGAUUUUUUUGUUCUUUUAAGAACUUAUAACUUAAAAAAGGCGUCGUGGCGGUUUUAAUGCUAUUGUGUUUCUUUUUUGCAUCUUUGGUGAGAAAGGCAUUGUCGCACUUAUAGUUGCUUCUUUUAUUGCAAGUUAUGGAAAGUGUUCUGAAAUUAUUUCUAUUUUGUUACACAUGUAUAACUAACAAUGCCAAUCAAGAAAUGGCGUUUAUGAAAAGUAAAAAAUAUUUCUUUUGUUUGGAUUUUUUUGUAAGCUCAUUUUGCAUUUCUGAAGGACACUGUACUUUCUUUUUCGUUGUUACCGUCUCAUAAUGGUUACAAUUACAACCAAAUAAUAAAUAUGUUCAAUUUUUUC